AAAAAACACAUCAGCCCAUAAACAACAGCCAAUCGACUUUUCUUUAAAUCAAUCGCUCAGGCCGAUAAUGGUCCUGCCUCCGUCGUCUCCGUUCUGACAAUAUCUACUCUUUUUUACAACCAAAAAUGGCCUCCGCGCUCAAUGGCCACGCCUCCCUUUCUCCGGCCGCUCAACGCCGCAUCGACCACCACGAAGCUGAUGUUGUAAUUGUGGGUGCCGGGAUUCUAGGCUGUGCGCUUGCAGUCGCACUGGGAAAUCAAGGACGCAGUGUGAUCCUGCUGGAAAGGUCGUUGGAGGAGCCCAACCGCAUUGUUGGUGAAUUACUCCAACCGGGAGGUGUUCAGGCGCUCGAGCAACUAGGGCUACGAGAUUGUCUGGAAGAUAUCGAUGGAAUUGAUGUGAAGGGAUACUGGGUUUCUUACUUUGGCGAGCCGGUUCUUCUCGAAUACCCCAAGUCCUCCCCAACCUCACCUACACCGUUAGGACGAGCCUUCCAUCAUGGUCGAUUCGUGAUGAAACUACGGGCAGCCGCUCUGUCCUGUCCCAAUGUCACAGUGGUCGAAACCAAAGUGACCAAUCUCGUCAUAUCGUCAUAUACCCAGGAAGUCCUUGGAGUCGAGUGUAUGACCAAGGACCUCAAGGACUGCUACUUUGGCCAACUCACAGUUGCCGCCGAUGGCUACAACUCGGAUUUCCGCAAGCAACAUCACCAAUACACACCCAAACGGCGAUCAAAGUUCUAUGGUUUAGAGCUCAUCGACGCUAAGCUCCCCGCGCCCAACACUGGUCAUGUCCUUCUCAGCGAUAACCCACCCGUGCUCAUGUACCAGAUCGGCACCCACGAGACUAGAAUCCUUAUCGAUAUCCCCGAUAACCUGCCUCUGGCCUCUGUGAAGAAUGGUGGUGUCAAGGGUUACAUGCGCAACAAUAUCCUGCCCCAGCUUCCAGAGGGUGCGCAGCAGUCGUUCUCCGAUGCGCUAGAGCAGGGCCAGCUACGGUCCAUGCCGAACUCGUUCCUGCCUGCCUCGGUCAACAAGACACCCGGCUUAAUGAUUAUGGGAGAUGCGCUCAACAUGCGGCACCCUCUCACGGGUGGAGGCAUGACGGUGGCGCUCAACGAUGUCUGUCUCAUCCGCGAGUUGCUCAGCCCAGAGCGCGUGCCCAACCUCUCCAAUACAGGACUUGUUCUCGAACAGCUUGCGGAAUUCCACUGGAGGAGGAAGAAUUCUUCUUCUGUCAUCAAUAUCCUCGCACAGUCUCUCUAUACGCUCUUCGCUGCAGACAACGAAUACCUCAAAGCUCUUCAGCGUGGCUGUUUCCGCUACUUCCAGACUGGAUCAGUUGGCGGCCCUAUUGGGCUGUUGGCCGGUCUGAUCAAGAAACCCCUCGUCCUCGUCAGCCACUUCGUCUCCGUCGCCUUCCUCUCCAUCUGGAUUCUUAUCUGCGAUACCCCUUUUCCCAAGCUACUCCUAGCCCCAUACUACGCCGUCAUGAUAUUGUACACGGCCGCUGUCGUGAUGUUGCCAUACAUCUGGACCGAGAUCUGGUACUAAUCUGGUUUGGAUUCAUAUUCAUCAAUUGGUGUUUUAAUUCCCUUCCAAAAAGCCAGAAUGGAGAUUCCCAGCAUAUCAUUUUAUUUUCUCUUCCAGGUGAACAUAUUUGUCCAUUUUACCCGACCAGCCUGUUCUUUUAAUAUCCCAUCUUCGCCCUGUUCUUGUCUUCCCAACGCCUUUAUGUGAUUUAAUCUUGCCCAGCAUUUUCCCACUGCAUCUGAUACAUUGCGAGAUCAGUGUUACAGAUGUACUGUACUAUAUACUAUAUGCUAUAUACUAUUAUCUCCAUGAUAAAUGAUACAAUGUCAAUAUAUUUCAAACAUUCCAAGAAUCAA